AUGCAGUUUCCCAAAGCGAAGCGCUUUGCAUCCCCAACACGUAAGCCACCCCACAACUCAGUUCUAAGUGCAAGUGUUGACCGCGCCCACAAGCUGACGAUGCGCAACCGCCUGCUAUCACGCGGUCAUGUGACCCCAGCGGACGAUGUCCCCCCCGUCGGCGCGUAUUCGAUCGAAGCACCCCUGGAUCCCAACUACAAACGAGGUCCAAUGCGUCUGACCGACAAGAGAUUCCAUGACCCGAAUGUACUACAGCAACCAGGUGUGUUCGCACCUCCGCCGGGGCUCUGCGAGACUGCGAGACUGCGACAACGCGCCGCCGUCUGAUGUUGAUUGACCUCCGUUGCUGAUCGACCCCGCGCGAUGACCGUUCCGGAGCAGACACCUUUGGCUUGUAUGAUCCGGCGGAUAAGGAAAAUCCGUUGAAACGACCAAGAUCGAGCGCAGUGGCUGGAAACGGGUUGGAACGGAUGAGGCAACAGGUACGUCGGCAUAGAACUCUCAAGGCGCGCCCGUUUUCGCCGAGGCGUCAGGUCUGACAGCCCCGAGAUGUGCUUCCCGCGUGAUAUCCAGAUGGACGAACUCAAGACACGGAUAUCGAAUCAACACGAGAAAGAAUUGGCCAAGCUGCAGGGCAAGAUCUCGCGAUUGGAAGCUAGUCGAGAGGAAGGGGUCAAGGAACGACAGGAGAUGAGCAAGGAGUUGUUGAGCCUCAAAUCGGAGCUGAGUGAGUGGACCAAGAUCUCUGUUUCUCUUAAUGCAAGAAUGCCAACACAUCGUUCCCCUCGCAGGAUCCACAACAACGCGCGAACAAACCCUCGCGGGCAAACUCGGCAAAGCCGAAGCGUCCCUGUCAAAAUAUCAGACGCUCUUACCGACACUGCAGACGAAGCUCGAUCAAUUGACGACGUCACACGCCGAUUCACGCAAGCGCAAGGACGACGAGAUCACCGAGCUCAAGGACAAAAUCGAGAAGAAGAACGAAGAGUUGAGCGCCGCGAAGGAUGAGGCGAAGGAGUUACGUAGGGCUGCGAGGGAGGAACGAUGGGCUAGGCAAGAGAUGUCAAGGGUCGGGGAGAAGACUGUGCGAGAGGUUUGGGAGAGGACGCGGGCGUCGUCUUUGGCGAAUCGACUGGAGCAUGGCAAGAUCAUCGCAACACUCCAAGCGGAUCUGUUGGACAGGGAGAGCCGUCUCGAGGAAGAGACAACUUACUGUGAGGAGCUUCGACAAGAGCUCGAGGUGGCGGAAGAGCUACUCGAGGAUGCACAUCUCAACCUGGAACGACUGAUGGAAGAGCGGGCACGAGAUCGGCAGGAAACGCGCGCCGAAAAGGACUGGCGACAGCGAGCAAGGUCGGAUCAGCGCGACGCUGCGGGCCUUCGCAACGAUGUUGCCCAUCUCGAUCGAUGCAUCGAACUCGACCAACAACGCGCUCAGGCUGCCACAUGGCUACACGAUACGCUCUACGCCGAUCUGCGCGCCCAGAUCUUGGAACACGAGAAGGAGCUCGAGAUCGUCGAGGGCGAGUUGGACAUGGCGCUCAACGACGAGAUCCCGCGGUUAGAAGAGGCUUGCGACCUCGCGAAUGAAGGACUUGAGGAGAUGCGUGAUCGGGUGCUCGAGCUGCAGGAGACGCUGGGGCAAAGGGAGGGCGAGGUUGAGGAGUUGCAGGCGCGCGCGAUCGCCGAAAUUGAGCGGUUCGAAGGCUCGCUCGAGGAAGAACGACGACGUUAUGCGGACAAGGAGAAGGAAGUCGAAAAGGAACGGACUGAGAAGCGACGGAUCGCUUCCUUGUUGGGCCAAGCCCGCUCUGCCGAAGCAGCGCUCGUGGAGGAACGCGACCUUUUGCUCGCCGAAUUGCACGAGGCCGAGAGCCUGCGAAUGACGCACCAGAACCUUGUGGCUAACCUCGACUAUUUGGCUCGCGAGAAUGCGGCGACGCGCGAGGAUAAUGUUCUGCUGGUCGAGCAGAAUGCGGAAUUGGCGAGUCAUCAAAACUCGAGGCAGAAGAUCCAAGUCCACGCUGCGACGAGGGCACAAUUGGCUGACUCUAGGAGGGUGAGUUUGAACGCCAAAGCUGAUUCCAAGCUUUUCCUAACGAUCAAUGCUGCUAUUCGUGUCCAUGACCAGGCACAUCUCGCGGUCACGUCCAAGCUGGCAACGUCCGAGGCUCGCAUCGUUCAGCUCCAGAGCGAGCUGCAAGCCUACAAAUCCGUGUCGUCGCUUCCCUUCACGACAACCUCGACGAUGAUCAAGAGUACGGGUCGGACAAAAGUGACUCGACCUGUUCUUUUGCCUCUUGAGGACCUACCCCCUGCACCGACACCGAUGGGUUCGAUCCUAGGCGACUCGAUGCCCCCUCCAAGACUGCCCAUUCCCAGAUCGACGGUCUCGUUCGCGCCAAGCAACGUGUACGAUGGCUUUGAGGCGUCUUCGACAGAAGGGCCUACUUUGGUGGCUAGUUCGCGCGCGGCGAGUCGCAAGACACCGCGGUUGACCCUCAUCGCGGAUGAAGAGGACGUGCGACACAGCGAGGACGGUGGCUCGAGGUCGAGGAGGAUGAGCAACGGUGGUGUUCGGAUGACGGGCAAGAUGAGCCUGAGUGAAUUAAUCUGA